GAGGCGCGCGCUGCUGGUGCCGCUGCCGUCAGUCAGGCUGCGCCCCGUUCUUCCGCGCCCGGUACUUCGGCCUCUUCGCCGCCUCGAGACCUGCUGCGGGCUCGGAUCUUGCCGGGAGCCUUUGAGGAACUGCCUUAGUGCCCUGUGCUUACCCCAGGAAAAUGUCUGAUGAAUUUUCGUUGGCAGAUGCACUACCUGAACACUCCCCUGCCAAAAACUCUGCUGUGAGCAAUACAAAACCUGGCCAACCUCCUCAAAGCUGGCCAGGUUCCAACCCUUGGAGUAACCCAAGUGCUCCACCUUCUGUGCCAUCUGGACUCCCAUCAAGUGCGACACCCUCCACUGUGCCUUUUGGACCAGCACCAACAGGAAUGUAUCCCUCUGUGCCUCCCACUGGACCACCUCCAGGACCCCCAGCACCAUUUCCUCCAUCUGGACCGUCAUGCCCCCCACCUGGUGGUCCUUAUCCAGCCCCAACUGUACCAGGCCCAGGCCCCACAGGGCCAUAUCCUACACCAAAUAUCCCCUUUCCAGAGCUUCCAAGACCAUAUGGUGCACCCACAGAUCCAGCUGCCACUGGUCAUUUAGGUCCAUGGGGAUCCAUGUCUUCUGGACCUUGGGCACCAGGAAUGGGAGGGCAGUAUCCUACCCCUAAUAUGCCAUAUCCAUCUCCAGGGCCAUAUCCCACUCCUCCUCUUCCCCAGGCACCAGGGGCAGCACCACCUGUUCCAUGGGGCACUGUUCCACCGGGAGCCUGGGGACCACCAGCACCAUAUCCUGCCCCUGCAGGAUCAUAUCCCACACCAGGACUCUAUCCCACUCCCAAUAAUCCUUUUCAAGUGCCUUCAGGACCUUCUGGUGCUCCACCAAUGCCUGGUGGCCCCCAGUCUUACCAUUAAGGUUAACAAUGGAUGAAGAGAUGACGCUUUGCUUUUUGAAGUACAUAUAUAUGCACAUGCAUGCAUAUAUAAAAAUUGCUGUUUCACUAUUCUUAGAGGGCAUUCAUGAAUGAACAACUCUUGCACCUCUCAGAGAAGAUAUCUGCCUCUUGUACUUGGAUGUAUCAGAUGGAUACAAUCAAAAAUGUAAAUCAUUCAAAUGUGAUUUUUAUUCAGUUUUUAUGGAGAGUUGAAGUGAUUAUGUUGAAUAGCUCUUUGAUAGAAUUUGUUUAAAUUAUGAAACUACACACUUAAAAACUAAGAUGCUGUGGAUUAUUGUUAGAAUCUGCAAUCUCAUUGGCACAUUAUUUCAAGUAUUUUUCUAUAAUCACUUUUUCCCCUGAAUAAACACUUUGAAAACAA